UUAUUCAGUCACUAGCUACAUUUUUCAAAUUUUUAAUUGCACUCUAAAAUGUGUUUCAUAUGGGACUGCACAAAGUCCUUUGCUCGUCGACACCCCAAGUGUUUCGUAGGCUUCUUCCAUCCAUUUACAGUGCUCUUUGUACUGGGGUGCACUGUCUUCUUUGUGGGGCUGCAAAUGUUCUAUGUGGUGCCCGAAUUAUUUAAAACCGAUACGUUGAUGUACAAACUCGCCUGGAUAGCGGCCAUCUUCAUAACGUACAACAUCCUUGGCAAUAUGCUGGCCUGCCACCUCACAGACACUUCGGUGGGAAGUCUGCCCAAGGAUCGGCAGAUACCGGAGCCUGGAGAGGAGCCAAUGUGGGAUUUUUGCGAUGUCUGCGAGAAGCCGAUGCCUCCGAGAUCCUGGCACUGUGUCCUCUGCAAUCGCUGCAUUCUGAAGCGGGAUCAUCACUGCAUCUUCACGGCCACCUGCAUUGGUCACAAUAAUCAGCGGUAUUUCUUCUGGUUCACCUUUUACUUGGCUUUGGGAACUGGCGUGGCUUUAACCACUCAUAUGCUUGUGGUUCUACAAUAUUGCAGCUAUUUCGAUUUAGUUACCAGGAAUAUUGAUAGCUAUAGAAGACUCCCCAGUUGGCUCUAUUUAAACUUGUUCGUCACUAUGUACGCGUUUCCAGCCCCAGCGGCAGCUAUUGUAGUUCAGUUCUUGGCAUUACGCUUGAACGGCACUCUGCAUGACCUCUACAGCAAGACUUAUGAUCUGGGAAUUCGGAAGAAUUUUAAAAUGAUUGUGGGCGAGAGGGGCCUCUGGACCUUCCUUUCACCCAGCAUCAAGAGUCCUUUGCCCCACGAUGGUACCAAGUGGGAAACUAAGGAUACGGACAUCAGCGAGUGUUAACUUUCCAUCCUUACUUAAAUAGUUAAUUUUAAAAUUCAAAUGCAUAAAUA